AUGUUACUUUCCAUCUACCACCCCGCCCUUCGAAUUCUCGGGAUUAGCACCGUCAACGGAAAUGCACCCUUGGAGUGUGUGACGGAAAACGGACUGAGCGUCUUGGAGGCCAUCGGUGCGACUGACGUUCCUCUCUAUGCCGGUUCAAAGCGCCCUUUCUGUCGUGAUAUCAGAUCAGCUUCCGAGAUCCACGGUGGGAGUGGUCUGGCAGGGACCGAUCUUCUGCCAACAGCGACAUGCAAGCCUCAACCUGGCAACACCAUCAACGCUAUGCGUGAAGCUCUACUCUCGUGUGAAGCUCAAACGGCAUGGCUUGUGGGCGUAGGUCCGUUGACCAACGUUGCUCUCCUGUUUGCCAUCUACCCCGAAGUAGCGACUCAUAUCAAAGGUAUCAGCAUCAUGGGUGGAGGUAUCGGCGAUGGAUUUGCACCCCAAGUGUCGAUGGGACCCGGAUAUGUCGACGAAGAGGGAAGAUCCCGUGAACGACACGGGAACUACACAGAAUUUGCCGAGUUCAACGUCUGGGCUGACGUUGAAUCGGCGCGCAGUGUAUUCUCAAACCCUUUGCUCAAGCCUAAAACAUUCCUGAUUCCCUUGGAUGUGUCUCACCAAGCGUAUACGACACAAAAAGUUAGGGAGAUGCUGUUGAACGGCGAAAAAGGCCCAACUAGACUGAGAACCAUGUUCAAUGAACUGCUCGUCUACUUCGCGGAUACUUACGAGACGGCCUGGGGAAUGGAUCAAGGUCCACCUCUGCAUGAUCCGCUUGCUGUGGCCAUCUUGCUAGCUGACCACCCAGAUCCGGAUGUACGUAUCAAGUUCAAUGACAAUGAUGGCGAAAGAUGGAGCCUGGAAGUUGUACUCAGCGGCUUGCAAGAGGGUCGUACCGUUGCUACCAGAGUCGAACAUGGCAAGCCUGGGGUCAUGAUCCCGCGAUCUCUGGACAUGGAUAAAUUCUGGGAAGUACUGGAGUCGUGCAUGGCUAAGGCAGAUGCAAAGACGGGUUAUGGCCAGUUGUAG